UUUUUUUCCAGUUCAAAUGCAUGUAUUUUCCCAUCUCUCAUUAUUGUUAUUAUUAUAGACACUUGAAUAAGACACAUCAACUAUCAUUACAAGCCCUUGCUCAAGUUGAAGUAUGUGCAUCAAGGUUAGAAUUGUACUUGAGAACAGUUCGUAAAGAAUCACAACGUUUAAAUGCAAUGGUACGACAUCUAAUCAGUAGAGCGCGUUGUGGUGGUACAAGUUUUGAAUGGUCAACUAAUUCAUCAUUAUGUAAUUCAGUUCCUGCAUCAUUUGGAAAUUGUCCAUUAAAUUGUUUUCCUGGAUGUAAUAGCAAUAAUAAUAAUAAUAACAAUCAAACAAUUAAUCAAGUUGGUUCUUUUAAUUGGAAUACAAAUGGACAUUUAGACUCUACUGUUAAUUCUUUGGCAAAUGGAACAUUGGAAUUACCGGAUAAGACAGAAUUAGAAUCAAAUGCCGUAUACGAAUCCCAAGUACAAAAUAUUAAUUCAAUCUAUCGAACUGAUAAUCCAAUGCAUUGUAGUCCAGUUUAUAGUAAUACAACAACUACUUCAGAAUCAUGGUCUACAGAUCAAUUAAUUAUACCUGAUUGUACUGCAAUGUCUGUGCUACGUGAUUUACCAUUACAUCAUAGACGUAGUGCAGUACAUUCAUUAACAUCACGUUGGUCUACAUCAAAUCAUCAUUCAACAUUAGAUACAACUUAUAAUUCAAAUACAUUGAUAAAUCAAAUUCCCUGUAAUAAUAAUAGUAGUAAUAAUACUACUACUAAUAGUAAUAAUAGUAAUUUGUCACCUGCUCUACCUGUAUUUCCAACUAAUCCAAAUGAUUGUUCAUCAUCUAACAAUAAUAUAGUGGAUAAAUUAACUAUUCCCCCACCAUCUACACCACCGACUUCAUGUCAUCCAGCUUUAAUAGCUAGUGCAGCGGCAGCAUUAUUGUCAAGUGUUUCAAGUUUGCAAAACCAAAUCAUCACCAGUAUGUCAACUCAUCAUCCCGUUCUAACUGGUCAAUUUCAAACUGCAACUGAUCCUCAACAUCCUCAUCAAUCGACAUCAGCGAACGCAGCUGCCGCGGCUAUGGCGGUUGCAGCUGCGGCGGCAGCAGCUUCCGGUUUAUCUAACCCUGCGUCAAUGUCAUGGCUUCCAAGAUCAACUACUGCUACGAAUAAUAAUAGUAGCAGUAGUAUUGGUGUUGGUGGCGGCAAUACUACAAAUUUCGAUCCUAAAGAAUUUGAUACAACUGCUGCCGCGGCAGCAGCAGCGGCGGCGGCUGCUGCUGCAGCGGCUGUAGCUGCUUCUAAUCCCGCCUCAGCAAAUGGUGUAUUCUUCGACUCGAAUACCACAACUCCCAUUGUCCCUGCUCCUCCGCCUCCACCUCCCGCUGCUCCUACAGCUGUCUCUGUCACUACUACCACUUCUCAUACAAGCCUCACAUCGUCAUUGUUUGAUAAAACUGUUAAACAACGUUGGUUUGAUGCAACUAGACAAGAUGAAAUGAUGAUAACAACGACACCAACACCCCCACCCCUUCCAGCAAUAACUUUAGCAUCAACGGCAUUAACAACGGUGACUUCGUUGCCUAUGGCUGCGAUAACCACUACUAUGUCAGUAGUAGGGAAGUCAUCUAAUAUUAAUAAUAAUAGCAGUAGUAGUGUUGGCGCUAGAACAAGAACUAGAGAACAUCAAAUGAAAUCAUCUGUAAAUCAGGAAUUAUCUGUUAUAGAAUUGGAAAAACAAGCUAGAACUAUUGAAAAUUCCGAUAAGUCCACAAUUCACUGUAAUAUACCAGAAGCUAUGGAUUCUGAAAAUUCAUUAGUGAUGACAUGCGAAAAUCUUGCAUACACAUCAUCAUCGUCACAACAACAAACAUCACUGUCAUCCUCGGUAAUCGUAGUUCCGGCAGCAGUAUCAUCAUCGACAGGAACUUCAUCCUUGACAACAGUGUUGACCACUGCAGCUGUCACAACAAUACCAACUACAACAACAGCACCGACAACAAAGACGACAGCCACGUCAAGUACAAAUGGUGCCACUUCAACUGCAAACAAUAAUAAUACAUCAUUAGCUCAAAGACAAUACUAUCGAUCACAUUGUGCACGUCCCAGAUUCACUUAUGCUAAUUUGAUACGUCAAGCAAUAUUAGAAUCACCGGGACAACAAUUAUCACUAAGUGCAAUUUACGUAUGGUUACAACGUGAAUUUGCUUAUUUUCGACAAAAUGAAGCUACAUGGAAAAAUGCUGUAAGGCAUAAUUUAUCAUUGCAUAAAUGUUUCCGACGAUUGGAAACCACAUCUGGUUCAGUUUGGGUCGUUGAUGAAAGUGAAUAUCAAAGACGUAAGGCUAAACGAGCAGUACGUUGGUAUCCCAAUAGUUCUGGAGGUAAACAUCAAGGUUCCGCAAAAUCUACUCGUACUGAUGCUGCAGCCAUAGCCAAUGAAACUGUUUCACCAAAAGUCACAACAGCAUUAAUACCAGGAAUAGUCGAUGCCUCAAUUCCUAUGGAUACACAAUUAACAACUCCAUUAUCAUCACCAACACAUUCAAUUAUCUCGCAUCAAUCAUUCACCACAGGUGGUGAAUCGAAUAAUCCAUCCAAUUCACCGAAAUCAAAUUUCUCCCCUGAACUAACUACAUCAUCAUCAACAUUUCAUACAAUUGGUGCUUCUUGUACAACUCCAUCUCAGUCAUCUCCUUUAUUAUCAGCUUUAUUAUUACCUGGUUUAAAUCAAGAAACUUUUCAGAGUCGUAAUUCAGCUUUGAAUCAAGUUAAUUUUAUGAAAAUAGAAGAAUCUGAAGGAGGAAUUAUCAUGCCACCUUCUGGCAAUUCAACAAUAAUGAUAUCAACUGACAAUAGUCCUACAAAUAAUAAUAAUAAAAUUACUUCAUACUCAUCACCAACAACGUCAUUAUCCUCAUUGUAUACAAAUAUUAUGACCUCUACAACAAGUCUACUUUCAAAUGAUGUCGUUACAACCGACUGCAACAACACUCCUAUCAUCACUGAUUCUACUACUGAUGAUAAUGAUAAUAAUAAUGAUGAUAUAAUGAAUGCGAUUGUCAAAGAUUCUCUUCCAACUGUUACUAUCACUUCUUAUCCAACUGGCGUUGAUGUUGUUACAGUUGGUAAUGGUAGUGAUGGUAUGGGAGGUGGGCAGUUUGACAAUAUGUCGGCUAUUCACAACAUCUACGGCAAUAAUAAUGUAGAUUCGUUGAAGUUAGAUAUUGAAAUGGUGAAUGCUUCUGAAUCAGAGAUCGUCUGUAGUGGUAAUAUAAUUAACUCGGAACAAAUCACUGAACAAAGUCGAAUAACAGAAUUACCACAGAAAUCUUCCACAUCAACAUCAUUAUUAUCCAUGUCGACACUAAAUGCAGAAGAUUCAAGUUAUACCACAACGACAACUACUACUAUUAAUAACAGUAAUAAUAAUGAUAAUGGAUCGGUGAAUGAUAAUAUAAUUAAAACAUCUGUAGAUACAAUUCCCAUUGAUAUUAAUAAUACAAAUAAAACUUCAAUUUCACUAAUAAACAAUACUAAUGAAGUGAUUACAGUAAUGACAACGGUGGCUACCACUGCUACUAUUACUACUACUACCACUCUAAGCUGUGAUCCAGAUGAUGAUGAUGGUGAGGUGGAGAAUGAUGAUCAUUGUGGUGACGAGACUGUUACUACUAGUAAUAAUAAUAAUAAUAAUAAUAAUAAUAAUAAUAAUAAUAAAAGCAAGACAAUAACGAAUUCAAGUUCACGAAAAUGGCCAUCUGUUCGUCUUGUACCUAAUUUAUUACGUCAUCCUACAAAAUAUACAACAAUCUAAUUUUCAGUUUUGCUAUGAAUAGAGAGAAAGAGAGAGAGAGAGAAAGAAAGUACUUGACUAGAUCAGAUAUGUUACAUCUUUAGAGUUGAUGUUGACAUUGAUCCUGAUUUUUUUCACCAUCUUCAAUAUUGAAUCAAUCAUCUGGAUCGUGCAAUUGAAGAAAAAAGAGUAAAUUAUUGUCCAAUCAUGUGCUUAAUGAUAGACUACUACUGAUAUCUUCAACUUCGAGUGAUAAUUGUCUUUUUUUUGUUUUCUUUCAGAAAUAAAUAGUAUAUUGUACAUAGAUUAUGAUGAUUGUAUGCUACUGUUCAUGUUCUUCUCUUUUGAAAGUAAAUUAACUGCCUUCCUUUGCCGUCGUCAUCUUAUAUUAUGUUUAUUCGACAAUAUUUGUAAUAUUAUAUUAUUAUUAUAGUAUUGAUAGUAAUAGUUAUGUUGUAUGGAUGUAUCUAUACUUUUAUAUACUACUAAUAGUACUACUUAGGCACACUUCAAAUGAACGAUGCUGAUAAAAUUUGUUAUUACUACUAAUAACAAUGACAGUAGUAAUAUUAGUAUGAGUUACAAUAUAAGUAGUAUUGGAUCCCCCUGUGUAUGCGCUUGAAUUGUAUUUAUAUUAAUGAUUAAGAAACUCUUAAAUACAAUGUACACUUUCAUCCAAAUAUCUAUACACACACAUCACUUCAAGUAGAUAACCAACUUUUGUUUUCACCCCCUGUGGAUAAUAAUAACUUGUAAACAUUGAUGAGGAAAUUCUUUGCAGUAAUUAUGAUGGAUUAGUACUAUGCUCUUUCUCCCUCCCUCUCUUUCUAAUACACACAUACACAGACACAUUUUAAAAUAUCUUCGAAUUAUGCGUUGUAAUUAUUUGAACAGGUUUUCAUUUUCAUUGUCACAAUGUGGAUUUCUCUUUUGAAAUUUCAUGUAAAUAUUGGUUAUUUCUUACCAAAGUCUUGAUAUUUCUCCCAUCUCUUGUAGUUGUGUAACAAGUAUACAAAUGUUCAACUUUAUAAUAACAAGAAUACCUUUCUCUUCAUAGAUUACAAUCAUACUAUUUCGUCAAUUCUUUUCAUCUCUUUUGGAAGUAGUUAUAGCAAUACAGUAAACGAAUAACCAUGUAAACAAUUAGUUCAUCUUCUCUUUCUAAAAACGAUACCUGUAAUUCUUGUUUUACAUAACAAUUCCGCCUAUAAUUUCUAAUGUAUGAAUAUAUAUGUGAAUGUAAGUAAAUAAGUGUAAUGCCUUUUCACCCCUCCCCCUUCCAACCCUAAAAGAACCACGAGGUGCAUAUCACCAAUUUUUCUAUAUCAUUCUCUAAAGCAUUUGUAUCUUUGUCAUGAAAUAAUAAUAAUAAUAUCAUAGCUUCAUGUGCCUACACAUAUAUUCUCGUCUUAUUUUCAAGAUUUCAUUCGAUUUUUUUCUAAUCAUUCACGGUAUCGAGACUUGCUUUUUCUUCUCCCCCCCUCUCUCUCUCUUAUUCUCCUUGCAAUAUCCUACUUAUUAACUUGGUUUUUCAAUAGUAUCCAUGUAUGUUAUUUAUUAUCUUUUCAGGUUUUCUUUUCAAAUUGACUUUCCCUUCUUCUGUAUCAAGAUCUUAUACGUAUAUAAACAUGAUGAUUUGAUUUAUGGUUCAUUAAAGUUGUGUUGUUUGUUUUUUUUAAUGUCAAACUUCAUUACACCCUGCUGCUACUGUGUUUUCUAUUUAAAGAAGGUAUGUUUGUAUGUAUGUGUAUGCGGUUUCAAAAUUCUUAUCUUCUUUUCUACUAUUUAGGUGAAGUAAGAAAGAUAUCUAACAAUCACAAGAAAGUACAUUUUCUUACAAACAUACAUACUAGUUGAUACAUCAAUCACAUAUAGACUAUACAUAGAUACGUUUGUAUCUCGCUGUUAUUUUCUUUCAUAGCAACAAUAUAAACACACCAAUAUAAAUGUAAUCUUUAAUCGACAUGAUAUAACCAAGGACAUUUUUAUCAAUAUAAAUAAACAGAUAAAUCGGUUAGUAAUAAUAGUAAUAAUAAUAAUAAUGAGUAGUAUGAUAACUUUUCCGGUUUUCCACUAUCAAAAAGCAAACUCUAGCUCAGCUGAUCAUUUUGAACAAUUCAUUUUCUAAUAAGUUUACACGAAAGGUACAAAUGGUUAUUGACAAUAAAAAAAAACAUACGAUCAAUUUUAACUGGAUUUUGUACAUCUACCAAAAAAAGUGCUAUUUUAUGUAUCCGGUAAUACUUCAUUUUACACUUAUUAUAUAAUUCCAAUUAUAUACCCUAGUCAUUGUAAUGUUCCCCAAAAACUUUCAUCGGAACUUUGUCUAUCUGUAAAUGUUCACAGCAGGAGUAUAACAAUUUGUUUUGAUAACUUCUUCAUUCACAUUGUUACUGUUUUUUUUUUAAUAUUUCUGUUCGAUGUGGUAAGAGAGUAAUAUAACUCUUUUUUUUUUAGAUGGUUACGUUCUACCUACCUCCUUUUUUUCUGUCAUCAUCCCCACUAAAAAAAAACAAUCCCCAUUUUCAUUCGUGUACAUUUGUAUCAUUUUCUAGAAUGUUUUGAUCUUUUGUUCGACCACCCGAGCCCCACUUCAAUGGAUCAUCUUUGAAUCAUUUAUAUCAUUCACUACAUAUUGAUAAAAGUAAACGAGGAGCAUAGUGACUAUGACGGGGAUACUUAUAACAAUUCUUAUGGUGUGAUCAUUUGUCAAGUCAAUAUUAUGCUUUUAUGUUUCAAUUUCAGAAUAUAUAUACUACAUAGGUGAAAAUAUAAAUAAACAUAUGUACUUACAUAUAGGUGUACAAGUAUACCCAGUUAUUUGCUGUACACAUUAACACAUUCACAUGCGUAUACAUAUGGAGAUAGUGUCAAUCCAUCAACUUACUGCAAUAUAACCACUUUUAAUGAAAUACGAAAAUAGGAACAAUCUUCAAUGAACAGAAAAUAGAUAAUAGUUAACAAAAAUACACAAAUAAAAGUUCUAAGAUCAUAAUAAUGUGUCUUCUACAUGUUCCAGGUUAUUUGGUUACAUAUAUCUGUCAGUAUGAAAGAAAAAAGUUUUGGUAUACACAUUCACGAUCCCAAUCAAACUGUCUUUUGCUUAUCCCAGUGCAUUUGUCGUUUUUGUUUUUGGUUUUUUUUUUUAAAAAAAAAUUAGUUGAAAGAAUUUUUGUGGUAAUUAUACUGUUCUUAUCACUCGCUCUCUUUCUCUCAAUUAACUCCUUACUUGUCCUCCUCAGUUAGUCACUCAAUCAGAGUUUCUUUUUCUCUAAUACGAUUUGUUUGUUUAUCAGUUUAUUUUCGUUUUUUUUAUAAUAAAGUAAAGAAAAAAGGGGGUUCUAUUCGUUUUUAUUUGCUUUUGGUCGGUUUCUUUUUUCUCUUGGAACUUCAUUGUCAUCAUCAUCAUCAUCAUCAUCAUCAUUAUGAUUAUCAUCACUAUCACGAAGAAUAACAAUAAAGAUUCACGAUUUUGCUGUGUUUGUGUUCUUCUAUUAAAGCAUUGUUAUUAUUAUCAUUCAAAUGUUUAGUUGUUAUCAUGUUAAAUAAAAUUAUCCUGCCGUUAGUUAUUGUUUGCUGAUC